AAUAACUCCCUUUCAUUAUUCUUAUUUAAUAGUUUACCAUGUCUUACCUUUCUGCCGAUAGAGCAGAAGCAGAACUUGCUCAGAGUGUUCGAAAAGCAUGUAAUGCUGAAGAAGUAUCACCUAAACGAAAACACGUUCGAAUCUGUGUUGUCUAUACCUGGGACCAUCGCUCUUCAGCCAUCAUUUGGAAUAUACUCAAAGUACAACCUUUGUUAUCUGAUGAAGUUCAAGCUUUCAAGGCAUUAAUUCUAGUUCAUAGAACCAUCAAUGAAGGACAUCCUAAUGCUAUUAAAGACGCUAUUAGAGAGACAGGCUGGUUAGAGACUUGUGCUCGAAGUGUUAGCGGAGACGGUAUUAAAGGAUACGGUACACUAAUUCGGGCCUAUGUCGACUUGCUUAUACACAAACUUCAGUUCCAUCGCACUCAUCCUGAAUUCAACGGUACUUUUGACUAUGAAGAAUAUAUUAGUUUAAAAAAUAUCGAUGAUCCAAAUGAAGGAUUUGAGACUAUCAACGAUUUGAUGGACUUGCAGGAUCAUAUCGAUAGAUUCCAAAAGACAGUAUUUGCCAGUUUCCGUCAUCACUCAAAUAAUGAGUGUCGUAUUGGUGCUCUUCUGCCUUUAAUAGACGAGAGUCACGGUAUCUACAAGUUUAUCACCAGCAUGCUGAGAGCCAUGCAUCAAAAAACCGAUUCUUCUGAUGCUCUUGCACCACUUCGACAAAGAUUCAAUGCACAGCACUACGCACUUUUGAAGUUUUAUUUUGAAUGCUCUAACCUACGAUACUUGACAAGCCUUAAGCAAGUACCUGUGCUUUCGCAAGACCCACCCUCUUUGAUUGACGCCAGCACACCACAGCUUCCUAAGCGACCUGAAGUAGCCCGCAUUGAGGCCCCACCUCCAGCCCAAGCCUCGCCCGAACCUGUGAUUGACUUUUGGUCCGAGAAACAAGCUCAGCAACAGCGAGAAUAUGAUCAACAACAACAACGCUUGGCUCAACAACGAGCUGAAGAACAGGAGAAAAUGAGGCAAAUGCAGCUACAACAACAACGUGAGUUUGAGGAGCAACAGCGGUUGCUUGCAGAGCGUGAAAGACAGAGGCAGGAAGAACUCUUGAGACAACAGAUGCAGCACCAGCAGGCCGGUAGAAUCAAUGAUUUGGAAAUGCAGCUUUUGAAUGCUCGUAACCAAAUUGAACGUAACCAAAUGAUGUUAGAGCAGUAUGACAGAAGAGUGAAGGCUCUUGAACAAGAACUGGCUUCUGUUAACUCGAAUGCUCAGCUACGUGACCAAUCUAAAGAUGAGCUCAUUCGUUCUCUUCAAAACGAAAUACAAAUGUGGAAGAACAAGUACGAAGCCUUGGCCAAGCUUUACAGUCAGCUAAGAAAGGAGCAUAUUGACUUGCUGAACAAAUACAAGAGCUUGCAGGUCAAGGCCAAUUCUGCACAAGAAGCUACAGAGAAAUUGGAACGAAUGCAAGCUGAUAUGCGUGCAAAGAAUAUCGAAUUAGCUGAUCUAAUCAGAGAACGUGAUAGAGCACGCAAUGAACUGGCUAGACUUCAGGGCAACCAACGCGAUGAAGUAGAAAGAUUAAGACGAGAAUUAGACAACGCCCGCGAUCAAAUUCAAAAUAUGGGGCGAUCAAAGGGUGAUGAAGUGAGCGCGUUGUUGGCCAAAUUCAACAAGGAAAAGUCGGAAUUAGAAGCUAGCUUGAUGGAAAAGCAAGCUCUCAUUGACGAGUUCCUCAAGCAGAUUGAAGAUCAGCAGGGAGAAGUGGACCACCUUCGCCAAGAAAAAGACGAAGAAAUUGCUGUGUUGCAAGCUGGUAUGGAUGAAUGUCUAGCUCAACUAGCUGAAUUACAGCAUAAUGACAGACAACAAGAGCUUCAGGAUGAGCUUCACCGUCUGGAAACUAUGCACUCUGACAAGCUGAACCAAAUACUGGAUGCUAUUCUUAGCACAUGUGUUCAAAAGAUCAACGACGGCAUUUACGAACUUGAUAGUCAACAUGGCAAUGAAAACUCAACUCCAGAACUUGCACUAUCCAUGAUUGAAAGAGCAAGUAUUACCUCAGUAGAGUUCAUGUCUGCCUUCAGCAAAUUCUUAGAUGGAAGUAACUCUGGUGAUCACACAAGCACUAUCACGCGUGCCAUUGAAUUUUCUGAUACCAUUAUUGAUGUCCUCCAACAUUCAAAGGGCAUCACGCAAUAUGUCAUGCGCGAUGAAGAUGGCGAAGAACUUGUUAGACUUGGUAAAGGUUCUGCUGAAGCUGUUAUCCAAUACUUUAGCAGUGUCAUGUCAUCUUAUCUCAAGAUGCUUCCUCCUGCCCAGCGCCCUGAAGUUGUCAUCCAAGGCGAUAUGAGAGUUCAAGAAGCACUUACCAAGCUCUCACAAAAGACAGAAGACUUGAUCUUGACAGGUGCUACGGAUAUCAAUAAAUUAGCCGAUGGUGAAGUCGGUGAUCUUGUCGAACAAGAAAUGACAAGAGCCGCACGAGCUAUUGAAGAAGCCACUGCCAGGAUCCAAGAGUUGAUGCGUCGUCCAGCAAACCCUUCUUUCUCAGCAACAGAUAUUCAAGUUCAUCAGCUCAUCUUGAACUCUGUAUUGGCACUUACGAAUGCUAUUGGUAAUCUGAUCAAAUGUGCCACAGCAUCCCAACAAGAAAUUGUGGCUCAAGGUCGUGGAACCUCGUCCAAAGCCGCUUUCUACAAAAAGCAUAACAGAUGGACUGAAGGUUUGAUCACAGCGGCCAAGGCAGUAGCUGUUGCAACAAAUCUUUUGGUAGAAGCCGCCGAUGGUGUCAUUAGCAAAACACAUUCUUUAGAACAGCUGAUUGUUGCUUCUAAUGAGGUAUCUGCUGCUACGGCUCAACUUGUAUCAGCCUCCCGUGUGAAAUCAUCCUUUAUGUCGCGUACACAAGAACGAUUAGAAUUGGCAGCCAAAGCAGUGAAGGAUGCUGCAGCAGAACUCGUAAAGCAGGUCAAGAAUCUUGUCGCCCAGCAAAACAAGACAGAGGAUUUAGAAAUUGAUUGGAAUAAGUUAUCAGUGCAUGAAUUUAAGCGCCGAGAGAUGGAACAACAAGUGAAAAUUUUGAAAUUGGAUGCCGAGUUAACGAAUGCCCGCCGUGUCUUGGCUGAAAUGAGACGAAGCGGCUAUCAUACAGAAGAAACAGAUUAAUAGUAUCAAUGACAAAAUAAAAUACUUUCCUUAUUAUGUAAUCAAUCACCUUUAAUACAUGUCUUUUUAAAAAAAGGAGAAUAACU